AUGGUGGUCAUGAGAGGUCACAGUCAGGAGAGGUGUGACUCAGAGACCAUGUGGGACCUGGCUGAGACCAGUAUAAAGAGCAGCCCAGCUCCCUGCUCUCCCAUCCAGUUCUCUCACCUCCUCCUCCUUGGGAACCAGGUGCAUCUCCUGCUCCCAGACAUGUCCUGCUACAACCAGUGCCUGCCAUGCAGGCCCUGUGGCCCGACUCCACUGGCCAGCAGCUGCAACGAGCCCUGCGUCAGGCAGUGCCAGAACUCCACCAUCGUCAUUGAGCCCUCUCCCGUGGUGGUGACCCUGCCCGGCCCCAUCCUCAGCUCCUUCCCGCAGAACACCGUUGUGGGAUCCUCCACCUCUGCUGCUGUUGGCCGCAUCCUCAGCUGUGAUGGAGUCCCCAUCACCUCCGGCUGCUGCGACCUCUCGGGCAUUUCCAGCCGCUACUGUGGCAGAAGGUGCCUGCCGUGCUAAAGAAGCCAGUGGCCAUGGCCCUGGGCUUCUUCUCUCCGGGAUUACGAACAUGGUGCUACACAAAGGAGGAAUCUUCAGGCCAUUCCUUUCAGAAUGUCUGACCUUUCUCAGCUCCUCUGGCACACGCUGGCAGGAAGGGGCCAGCCUGCACUUUCUGAAAACAUGGCCCAUGCCUCUCCUUCCAUCCCUCCACCUACCUCCUUCUCUCCCUUUUCUUUGUGCUCUUCUCCCUUGGGUUGUGGGGCUUCUCAGAGCCAGCCUUCUCACUGCAGUAACAGCAGACACAUGCCCUGCAUGAACUCUGCCAUGGGCAAGGGAUGCUGCCUCUCAGUUGGCCCUGGAGAUCCCUGCACUGAAGGGCCUCAGCUCAGAGUGACCGCCUUUUCCUCUGUACACUCAUUAAAGAUUUCUGCAUCCCA